AUGAGCUACCGCGUCGAAGCAGCCGACUCGUACACCCUGUCACUCGAUGAGCAGAUCGGCUACCUCCUGGGCGAGGGCGUCUCCGUCAGCACCGUCGACGGCUGGUACAGCCAGAUCCGAGCGGCGAUCGACCACCUGAUCGAGAUGCCCAGGCUCUACCCGGUGGACGAGUUCCAGACCGAGGCCGUCGGCGUCGAGACGCGCAAGAUCACCGCCGGCGAUUAUCUUGUAUUCUACCAGGUCGAUGACGGGGACCGGCUUGUUUUACUCGUCGCGUUCGUACAUGGCGCGACACGCGCCCAGGGUCUGAUUCCAGAGGCCUCCCACGUCGAGCAUGUCGGCCAGGGCGGCCAGAAACAGGUCUUUAAGGCCGAUCUCAAUGGCACGACAUACGCGGUGAAGUUCUGUUCGUUGCCAAGGAACGAGGAAGACGACGAGGACCCGGGCGUUGAGGCAGAGGCUCGGCUUCAGCGUGAGAUCGAGAUCAUGCGCAAGUGCGACUCGGAUCACAUGGUCCGACUAGGACCGAUCGAUCUCACGAUCACGCAACACGGUGACGAGCGUCUGAUCUACUUUGCCGAAGAGUACAUUGUCGGCAAGGAUCUGGCGGCAUGUCUGAAGGAUGGCGUAUUCGAGCCCGAAGAGACCGUGCGGCUCGGAUUGGAGAUCUCCGACGCGAUUCGAUCUCUGUGGUCACUCGACAAGAUACAUCGAGACAUUAAGCCGCAGAACAUCAUGCGACGCGAUCGUGACGGGUCGUUCGUCUUGCUCGACGCGGGCUUUGCCUUUGAUCUCCAUGGAGAGUCGCUCAGCCAGGGGCUCUUCGUAGGGACGAUGGCCUAUUCGCCGAUCGAACAAUUCGACUAUUCGAGGCGGCGGACCUCGCUCGACUUCAG